GCGCUCAUCACCGGUCUCUGGCAGCAAACCGGAACCCGCUGCUCCAUGUCCCAAACAUACAGGGGUUUAGUAUAGAAUAGGCACCUAUUGUAGAAGAAACUGUGUACCAAUCAACUAAUAGUGAAAUGUCCAGCCUUCAACGUCCUGCACCACAGUCACAGACAGUGUCACUCACACUGGAGCAGGUGAAAGAGGCGUUGGGGGAAGUCCUAGAUGCUUUACAGUCCCCAGCAGGCAGUGCCCGUCUAGAGGAAGCACGAGAAAGCUCUGGGAAUGAUCUGGGAAAGGUACUUCAGCUACUUCUGCCAACGGCUGUACAAAUUCAACAAGAUGUCCUGCAGAACUAUGGAUUCAGCCCUGAUGGGGAGGGUGUUCUCAGGUUUGCUCGCCUUGUGAAGUCCUUUGAGUCUCAGGACCCCGAGAUUGCAGCCAUGUCCAACAAGCUGAAAUCCUUCUUUCUACCUCCAUUACCCCUUCCUCCACAUGCCGGGCAUCCAGUCCCAUCAUCCUGAACUCCGGAAUAGCAAAGUAUCUUCAAACUAGACUUUUUCUCCAUUCCCGAGUCCCCAGCUGUUUCAAACCCUUCCCAGUCGUUUAAGUGUUAAUACCUGUCCUAUUAUUAAAUGUUUCUAUUUAUCUUC